AUGGUUCAUAAAAGGAGGGGGCACACCACUAUUAAAGGCAUUGGGGGUUGAGAGAGACAGCAGACUGUUUAGGAACAGUGAGUCACGCUGUGGAGGAUAGAGGACACCAUUCAGGAUGCCAGAGCCAGUCAAAAAAGCAGAAGUUCCAGUUGAGGCCCCUGCUGAUGGACCCAAGGAGUCCAUUGUGGAACCAGAAGCCCCCCCUCCACCUGUAGCAGCACCCACAGAGGCCCAGACCCCUGCCCCAGCACCUGAUGCUCCUCCAGCUGAGGACGGUCAGCCUCCUGACACUAGACAGGACCUGACUGGACUAUUCACAGAGAAACCCCAGAGUGGAGAGGUCACUGUAGGUGAAAACAUCACGUUUGUGGCUAAAGUGAAUGCUGAGUCAUUGCUGAAGAAACCCACCGUCAAAUGGUUCAAAGGGAAGUGGAUGGACCUCGCCAGCAAGUCUGGGAAACACCUGCAGCAGAAGGAAUUGUAUGACCGCAACAAUAAGAUCUAUACGUUUGAGAUGCAAAUCAUCUCAGCCAAGCCUAACUUUGCUGGAGGUUACAGAUGUGAGGUUUCAUCCAGGGACAAGUUUGACAGCUGUAACUUUGAACUGGCUGUACAUGAGGCUCGUGCUGUUGAAGGUUUUGACAUAAGAGCCGCUUUUAGGCGCACUAGCACAGAUGGAAAAGAAGACUCAGGAGAGCUGGACUUCAGUACCUUAUUAAAAAAGAGAGAAAACGUGCAGAUGAGCUCAGAGCCGGACGUGGAUGUGUGGGAGAUUCUCAGAGAUGCUCCUUCCUCAGAAUAUCAGAAGAUUGCUUUUCAGUAUGGCAUUACUGACCUGAGAGGCAUGCUUAAGAGACUCAAGAAGAUGAAGAAAGAAGAGAAGAAAAGUGCAGCUUUUCUCAAAAAGUUGGAUCCUGCUUACCAAGUGACAAAGGGACAUAAAAUAAAACUGGCCAUUGAGGUCGCCAAUCCAGAUGUUGACGUGAAAUGGCUGAAGAACGGACAGGAAAUCCAUCCAACUGGAAGCAAGUACAUCUUUGAGAGUGUUGGCAACAUGCGCUACCUCACCAUCAACCACUGCUCCUUGUCAGAUGAUGCAGCGUAUUGCUGUGUGGUGGGAGAUGAGAAAUGCACCACUGAGCUCUUUGUUAAAGAGCCUCCUGUCAUGAUUGUGAAGAAUCUGGAGGAUCAGAUGGUCAUGAAGGGUGAGCGGGUGGAGUUAGAGUGUGAAGUCUCAGAGGAAGGAGCCAAUGUUAAAUGGGAGAAAGACGGUGUGGAAUUGACAAGAGAUGAGUCUUUCAAGUAUCGCUUCAAGAAAGAUGGCUGCAAACAUGUCCUGAUCAUUAAUGAAGCCACGAAGGAAGACUGCGGCCACUACACGGUUAAAACGAAUGGCGGCGAGUCUAUGGCUGAACUCCUGGUGCAGGAGAAAGAACUUGAGGUCUACCAGAGCAUCGCAGACCUCACAGUGAAGGCAAAGGAUCAGGCGGUUUUUAAGUGUGAGGUGUCGGAUGAGACCGUGAGGGGAACCUGGUACAAGAAUGGUGUAGAAGUCAAGUCUGACGCCAGAGUAAACAUCACACACAUUGGCCGGAUCCACAAACUGACCAUUGAUGAAGUCAAACCUGAGGAUGAAGGAGACUACACUUUUGUUCCAGAUGGACAUGCUUUUAACCUUUCUGCCAAACUCAAUUUCUUGGAGGUGAAGAUUGAUUACGUGCCACGUCAAGAUCCUCCAAAGAUCCACCUGGACUGUAUGGGUCGCACUCCUGAGUCAACCAUUGUGGUGGUGGCCGGCAACAAACUGCGUCUGGAUGUCCCUAUCACUGGAGACCCUGCUCCCACAGUGGUCUGGACCAAAGGAGAGAAGGCUAGUUCUGUAAAACCCGAUGGAGAGGAGAAAGGAGGGCCGGCGUCCUCUUGGACCCUGAAGGAUGGGGAAGUCAUCACCGAGGGAGACAGUAGGGUCCACGUCGAAACCACCAAAGGACACUGUGUCUUCACCAUCGAGGGCGCAGAUAGACAGGACGAGGGAAUCUACUCUGUUGUGGUUCGAAACCCUGCUGGGGAGGACACUGCAGACAUCAAUGUGAAAGUUGUCGAUGUUCCAGAUCCUCCCCAGGCUGUCAAAAUCCUCAGUGUGGGAGAGGACUCCUGUGUUGUCCAGUGGGAUCCCCCUCAGUUUGAUGGUGGACAGCCAAUUAUUGGCUAUGUGCUGGAGAGAAAGAAGACAAAGAGCUACAGGUGGAUGAGACUGAACUUUGACCCUUACCCUGACACAACUUAUGAAGCCAAGCGAAUGAUUGAAGGAGUGGCGUACGAGAUGAGAGUCUAUGCUGUCAACAGCAUUGGCAUGUCUCGUCACAGUCCAGCCUCACAGCCUUUCGUGCCAGUCGCCCCCACAAGUGCGCCCAUCGGACUGUGUGUCGACGACAUCAGUGACACUUCGAUCUCGCUGAAGUGGCGGCGGCCUGAGAGGAUCGGCGCAGCUGAACUUGAGGGUUAUGGGGUUGAGUACUGCAAGGAGGGCACGGAUGAAUGGAUACCAGCCAUUGAGGGUCUGACUGACAGGACAUCGUUGAUCAUCAGAGAUCUCACCACCGGAGACAAGCUGCAGUUCCGUGUCCGAGCUUACAACAUGGCAGGACCCAGUGCUCCCACCACUCUGGCUCAACAUGUCACCAUCAGAGAGAUAAUGCAACGACCUAAAAUUUGGGUCCCAAGAAACCUCCGCCAGACUCUGAUUAAGAAAGUUGGAGACACUGUCAACAUUGUGAUCCCAUUCCAGGGUAAGCCCAGGCCAAAGGUUACAUGGAGCAAAGAUGGGGAGCCUCUACUACCCACAUUUGCAUGUGUCCGGAACAGCGAUGUGGAUACGAUCCUCUUCAUCCGCAAGACAGACAGAAAACACUCAGGGAAGUAUGAUCUUCAGGUGCAGAUUGAGAACGUGGAAGACACAGCAAGUGUCACACUGCAGGUUGUUGAUCUCCCAGGGUCCCCUGAGGCUCUAAAGAUCAUUGAUGUCUGGGGCUUCAAUGUGGCACUCGAGUGGAAGCCGCCAAAGGACAACGGUAACUGUGAAAUAACUGGUUACACCAUUCAGAAAGCUGACAAGAAGACCAUGGAGUGGUAUACAGUCUACGAACAGUACAGGCGAACCCACAGCGUCGUGUCUGACCUCAUCAUGGGGAAUGAGUACAUCUUCAGAGUCUUUGCCAUCAAUCUGGUGGGCCUCAGCCCCGAGCCCUGCACCACGAAAGACAGCGCUUACAUCCAGAAAACAGGUAUUGCGUACAAGCCGCCCUCCCACAAGGAACAUGACUUCUCAGAGGCUCCAAAGUUCACACAUCCUUUGGUGAACCGGUCGGUCAUAGCGGGAUACAACGCUACCUUGAGCUGCUCAGUCAGAGGAAUACCGAAGCCCAAAGUGACCUGGUACAAAAACAAGAUGGACAUCUCAAAUGAAGCAAAGUACCGCAUGCUCAGUAAGCAAGGUGUUCUGACGCUGGAGAUCCGUAAGCCUUGUCUGUUCGAUGGGGGAGUGUAUAUGUGCAAAGCAGUCAACGACAGCGGAGAAGACGUAGUAGAGUGUAAACUGGAGGUUCGCCCCCAGAUUUUUAAAGAAGAAAAGAAAGAGGAAAAGAAGUAAGAAGUUUGAGCUGCUGACUGAAGAGAAGAUCUAUUUCUCUCCAGUGGCUCCUGCAUGUUGACUGUUUGUGUUUCAUGAUAAACUCUUCACCUGCAUCACAAACUGUGUUUAGCUUUUUUUUCUCUUUUGUCUUUUGCACCUCUCUCCUCUCCUGCAACCAUCUUACAUCUCUUCAUCCUCACUGUUAUGUUUAGUAUCAUGUACCACCGUCCGAUUACUGAACCGACUGGGUCUCGUGCUUGCAUUUGCUGUUAUGUGUUAUUUAAUGAGUAAUAAUUCAUGGUUUGUCUCUCUAUUCUACAGUCAAAAGAAAGUAGCAACAUUUAUGAAAAUUACUUACCUGUCCUAUUCAGCCGAUAAACAGGAAAUGGGUUAAAGUGUUUGGAUUUGUUUGUGUGCUUACAAAGUUCAAUAUAAAUGCUUCAACAACA